AGGAGAUUCCUCCUUUAUUCUCAAGACGUCCAGGAAGUGAAGAGAAACUUUCCUCGGUGCAGUAAACCACUGGUCAGGAGCUUCUACGUGAACCGACCCAUUUAUUAGAAAGUUCUCGACUGAAGAGCAGAAAUAAACCUAUUGCGCUUCUAUAUGACAUAAAUACUGUAGUCCAGCACCAACAGCCACCAUGGUACAGAGAGGGUCGCAAUGUUAUAGACUUCAGCUCUGUCUGUCAUUCCACGCGUCUGUCUUCAUUUAGAGCAUCACAUCCAUUUACUAUUUUCAUACUUAUGGCAGAAACACGCACAUGUGCGUCAUCGGUGUUAUUUUUAUAAAGUUGAGAGCAUCCCUGCUGCAGGCAUGAAGCUGCUUUUCUGCACAUCACUUUAUCAUUUCUGGAACUAAUUUCCUUUGCUUCACGUCGUCUUUUCAGAUUUCCUUCUAAUUUCUUUUGGUGAUGACAUCUUUGUCUGACAUGACAUUUUUAAUCAGAAUGUUAUUUAACAUUUCUUUGCUUCUGAGUUUUUGACCAUUUGCUUUUAUAAAUACAUAGAUAAACUUUGUUUUCCCCUGAGGGAAGUGAAAAAUGAAUUAAAAAAGGUUGGAAAUGGAGAAUAAGUGAUGAAUCUGAGUCAGAGCAAAGUAAAAUUAAAUGUUCCAAUUGUAUUUUGUUCAGACACUGAGGCUAUAUAAAUAUUUCAGUUCUUUGCCCUGUUCACAUUUGCGUGUGUUGCUUAGUCAUUAGUGUGAUGGUAGGAAUUAUUUCUGGAACUUCCUUUGUUUGACUCCAGUCUCACCUCGUUCUUUGCUGCCCUUUGGUUUGGAGAUGGACUAAAGUUGUAUUUCCAACAGGAGGAGCAGCUUAGGAGUUUCACAGCAUCUUGUUGGAUCUGCCUGUUCUCCAUGAGUUGGACAGCUGGGACACAGUGUGUGGCCAAAGGUGACAACAGGAAAGCCAAACCUGGGGAGCUGGCCUACAGCAAAGGAGACGUCCUCACCAUCGUGGCCUGCAGCGCGAGAAAGCGAUAUUACCGAGCCAAACACAACGCCACGGGGGAGGAGGGGCUCAUAAACGCCACCCACGUGCGUGAGAGGGAGGCUCUGCGGGUGGACCCCAGUCUCAGCCUCAUGCCCUGGUUCCACGGGAAGAUCUCCGGCUCGGAGGCCGUGUGUCAGCUUCAGCCGGCGGAGGACGGCCUGUUCCUGGUGCGGGAGAGCGUCCGCCAUCCGGGCGACUACGUCCUGUGCGUGAGCUUCUCUGGAGAGGUGAUCCAUUACCGUGUGAUCUACCAGGACAACAAGCUGACCAUCGACAACAAACAGUAUUUCUACAACCUGAUUGACAUGAUAGAGUUUUACUCCAAAAACAAAGACUCUAUCGCUACAACUCUGACAAAACCCAAGCAGAAACAAGGAACCAAGUCAGCUGAGCUGGAAUUAUCCAAAAUGGGAUGGCUGCUGGACAUGACAAAGCUUCGGCUCGGGGGAAUCAUUGGAGAAGGAGAGUUUGGCGCUGUGUAUGAGGGCGAGUACGUGGGCCAGAGGGUGGCAGUGAAGACCAUCAAAUGUGACGUGACGGCUCAGGCCUUCCUGCAGGAGACGGCCGUCAUGACGAAGCUGCAGCACAAAAACCUGGUGAGGUUGUUGGGAGUCAUCCUCAAUAAAGGACUACAUAUAGUCACAGAGCUCAUGAUAAAGGGAAACCUGGUGAACUUUCUCAGGACCAGAGGCCGUUCGGUUGUGACGUCCAUCCAGCUGUUCAGAUAUUCCCUGGACGUGUGUGAGGGGAUGGAGUACCUGGAGUCAAAGAAGCUGGUCCACAGAGAUCUGGCGGCCCGGAAUAUUCUGGUCUCGGACGAUAACGCCGCCAAAAUCAGCGACUUUGGGCUGACCAAGGUGGUCUCAAAGGAAGCGGACAAAGCCAAGCUGCCGAUCAAAUGGACGGCGCCGGAAGCCCUGACCAAGGAGAAAUUCUCCACUAAAUCAGAUGUUUGGAGUUAUGGCGUUCUCCUCUGGGAGAUCUUCUCGUACGGUCGCCAGCCGUACCCUAAAAUGUCUCUCAAGGAUGUCCAGGCAAAGGUGGAGGCCGGGUACCGCAUGGAGGCUCCAGAGGACUGUCCCGCCAAUGUCUACUCCCUGAUGAAGCUUUGCUGGGAGCAGGAGCCUCGCAGAAGACCCGGCUUCCCCAAACUGAGGGAGAAGCUGGAAAGGGAAAUGGGGAAACGGAGCCCUGGACUCCCAGCAAAGAGUCAGGAGAAGCUCAAGUCUUGAUGCGAGUCCUGAAAUCCACAGCUGUUAACGGGUGUUAUCGCUUUCUCGUACACGGAAGCAAACGCCACAAAAGCAGUUUUUGGUUCCUGUUGUCUGUGAGAUCAUUCUGGGAUGGAAAAGCACAGAAAUCCCAGCAGAGCAUGAAGGAGCAUGAAAGGACAAACAAAAACCUUCUUGACACUCACAAGAAAUGAACUUUUCUGCACAGAAAAACCUGAAAAUGCAGAAACACAGUCACAUGGUUGGUCACAUGCUCCACCUCCCCACGCUGUGGCCCACCAUGGCGUCCUGUGCACGCCGCUAAGAGCACCAGACACGUUUCCUGUUUUUCUUUUCUUCCACGUAUGGCUGUUUACAGCAGCAAACCGGCAGACGUCCAACGUUCAUGAACAUUUUCAUUCCUGCUCAGGAUUCGGUGUGAACAUCAGCUCAGGGAUCUGCGUCUUCCAUUUGGCCGAUAAACUGCUGCAAAACUACCAAACCAGUGUUGUCCUGUGAUCGAUGCUCUGUGCGUUUGUGUUUUAGCGUAGCAGACGUCUACUGUGCCGUUUGAACAGAAAUGAAUGGAAAUAGUGUUUUUUUAAUAUUUCAAACUGCUUUCUGAUUCCUUCAGAGCAAAGACAAGUCCAGCACUGUUUCUGCAGGGGCGCCUUAACCUGAAAACACUUGUCUUUUUAUUUCUACUUGAUAAAAAAAUCAACCUCUACUGCAGAGUGAGCAGAAAAAAACGGAUUUGUGUCACUGACGGUUUGAAAAAAUGCUAGAAAAGCUCUGUCAGAUGCAGAAUAUUCUUGAAAGCUUCACAUUUGAAUCUUGACGGGUCAAAAUGUUCGAUAGAUCUGUCUGGGAAGACAGUCGCAGUCGUUUGACGGUUAGAAGUUGUUGCCCAGGGAGAUCCGCAUCAUUAAUGAGGUCAAAAACAGAAAUCCUGCAUAGAAAUAAGCAUUUUUAAAAAAAAUACUUGUAGAUUUUAACUGUUAUCUAUAAAACACAGAUUGGUUUGAACAUAGUAAGCUUCAAAAUAAUUUAGAUUCAACAGCAAACUUAAUUAUCCUGAAUAGUCAAUCAUUUCAACCCAAACUUGUAUUUGACAGACCCUGAAUGCUCCUGGUUGACUGCAUUUUGUGUCAAUACAAUGUAAGGACUUUUUAGGCUAAUUUAUAAAUAAAAAUCAAACAUUUUAUUUAUGUGACAUUGGUUAAA